UUUCCUCCGGCUUCACACACGGAAUCGCAGGUGUUGUGCUGAACUGUCAUGAAGGCUGUUAACCGCCACCGCCACUGACGCCCCUCAGUACUCAAUUAUAUUACUUUUAUCUCGCUGUCACCUCAUCUGGUAUAAAGCCAGUGAAAUCAUGGAGUCCAUGCUCAAUAAACUGAAGAGCACCGUCACCAAGGUGGCGGGUGACAUGACCAGCGCUGUCAUGGGUAACCCCGUCACACGGGAGUUUGAGGUGGGCCGUCAUAUCGCCAGUGGGGGUCCUGGAAUGUGCUGGAGGAUCUACAACGGCACGAAAAAAUCCACCAAACAGGAAGUGGCAGUCUUUGUGUUUGAUAAGAAGCUCAUUGACCGCUAUCAGAAGUUUGAGAAGGAUCAGAUCAUCGAUUCGCUCAAGAGAGGAGUCCAGCAGCUGACCCGGUUAAGACAUCCACGCCUCCUCACCGUCCAGCAUCCGCUUGAGGAGUCCAGAGACUGUCUAGCGUUCUGCACAGAGCCUGUGUUCGCUAGUCUAGCUAAUGUGCUUGGCCACUGGGACAAUCUCCCUAGCCCCGUUCCCACAGACAUCAAAGAAUAUAAUCUCUACGACGUGGAGACGAAGUACGGCUUACUGCAGAUCUCAGAGGGUUUGUCCUUCCUCCACAGUGGCGUGAAGAUGGUUCAUAGUAACUUGUGUCCAGAGAACGUAAUCUUGAAUAAGAGCGGAGCCUGGAAGAUCAUGGGCUUUGACUUCAGUAUCUCGUCUAGUAACCCUUCUGACACUGAACCCAAGUAUGUGUGUAAAGAGUGGGACCCCAAUCUACCACCUCUCUGCCUGCGUAACCCCGAGUAUGUCGCCCCUGAGUACAUCCUGUCAGUCAGCUGUGAUGCGGCUUCUGACAUGUACUCGCUAGGUGUGCUAUUCCAUGCCGUGUUUAAUGAAGGGAAGCCCAUCUUUCAGGUCAACAAGCAGGACAUAUUCAAGAGCUUCAGCCGACAGCUCGACCAGCUGAGUCAUUUGAAUCCAGGAGUGUUGAGUCAGGUCCCAGAGGAGGUGAGGGAACAUGUAAAAAUGUUGCUUAGCGUCACGUCCAACGUGCGUCCUGAUGCUGAUCAGAUGACAAAGAUUCCCUUCUUCGAUGAUGUAGGAGCGAUGACUCUUCAGUACUUUGACUCACUUUUCCAGCAGGACAACUUGCAGAAGUCUCAGUUCUACAAAGGCCUGCCCAAAGUUUUGCCCAAGCUGCCUAAGAGAGUGAUAAUAUACCGAAUCCUGCCGGCGCUCACGUCUGAGUUUGCGAAUCCUGAUAUGGUUCCGUUUGUCCUUCCAAACGUGCUGCUCAUCGCUGAAGAGUGCACAAAAGAAGAAUACAUCCGCCUCGUGCUCCCAGACCUCACCCCCAUCUUCAAACAACAGGAGCCUGUACAGAUCCUGCUGAUAUUCCUACAAAAGAUGGAUCUACUACUGACCAAAACCCCUCCUGAAGACAUCAAGAGCAGUGUUCUGCCCAUGGUGUAUAGAGCAAUGGAGGCUCCAUCUACUCAAAUACAGGAGCUUUGUCUGAAUAUCAUUCCCACGUUUGCCAAUCUGAUCGAGUAUCCCUCCAUGAAGAAUGCACUCAUUCCACGGAUCAAAUCUGCCUGUUUACAAACCUCCUCACUAGCGGUGAGGGUGAACUCUCUGGUGUGCCUAGGCAAAAUUCUAGAAUAUCUGGAUAAAUGGUUCGUCAUUGAUGAAAUUCUACCAUUCCUGCAACAGAUUCCAUCCAGAGAGCCUGCUGUGCUCAUGGGUGUUCUGGGCAUCUACAAGUGCACUUUCACCCACAAGAAACUGGGCAUCCCUAAAGAGCACCUUGCUGGAAAGAGUUUACCUCAUCUGGUAUCACUCAGUAUUGAUAACAACCUUAACCUUAACCAGUUUAACUCUUUCAUGGCUGUGAUCAGGGACAUGUUGAGUCGCAUGGAGGCGGAGCAUAAGACCAAACUAGAGCAGCUGCACAUCAUGCAGGAACAACAGAGGAGUUUAAACAUUACAAACCAGAUGAACCAAUCAGAGGAGACUAAGAGCACCCCCAGUCCAGCCACACAAGUCAGAGAAAUUGAUGAGAUUUUUGGUGGCAGUUCAGGAAGUGCAGGUGUGAAUGGUAAAGAGAACGGUUCCUCCUCUUCAACUGUUUCUCAGCCCUCAAGAGUGUCUCUCACAUUGGAGGAAAAGCAGCGUUUGGCUAAAGAGCAGGAACAGGCUGCUAAACUGAGAAGCCAGCAGCCUUUGGCUCCACAGAGCAUUAAACCAGCAGCAACAACACUACAGGCAAAAGAUCUGACCAGCAGUCUUCUGAACAGCAUGACCUCUCUGAACAACCUUUCGCUGAACUCUGGGCCCAGGACGAUGCCCAUGCAGGGGGGAACUAUCUCCACCUUCCCUUCUGGACCCUCCAUUGGUGGAAUGGGCAACAUGGGCUCCAUCAGCAAUGGCUUCAACUCGCCCAUAGGCUUCCAGACAGGGGGUAUGGGGAUGGGCAUGAGACCCACCAAUCCUGGCCUCUAUGGAGGCAUGGCCACCACUACGAGCGUUCCAAAUUUCAGCGCCCUGUCCCAAAACCAGUCCAACAAGCCCUCUGAUAUUUCCGCCCUAGACUCCCUCUUCACCUCUAACAAACCCAAAGUAAGCCUGAACCAAAUGGCCCCCAAACCGACCUCAGGAACCACUGCACCUUCCCCAUGGCUCAGCCAGUUUGGUACGGGCCAGCCUUCCCAGACUGCACCCAUGCAGGCAGCUCCGAUGGGAAUGGCGGGGGUCCAGGGUGGGUUUGGGAUGCAGGCAAACCCUUUCUUCAACCCGCAGAACUUCUCGCAACCUGUUGCCGCUCCAGCAGUGAAUACUGGAAUGAUGAAACAAAGUGCUUCAGUUAACAGUGACCUUAAAGACCUCUUUGGUUAAAACUUUUGGCUCUUGUUUUGGUUCUUACUUGAUUAGGAAUCAAAAGUGAAACAUCAGCAGCGACAAUGACUGUUAAAAUUUGGUGGGAAGGUUGGACGUGGGAUCUCUGCUUGAAAGAGUGUUUAAAAUUGUUUUUCUGGCUUGUUUUGUCUUUUUUAGCUCUUAUCAUGGUGCACCUUUUGCAAACAGUCAACUUAUCUCCUGGUGUAAAUCAAAAGGACUGAACAACAAACCAUCACGUUUCUAAGAGAAGCUUGUGCUCUACCCAUUGGGGCUUCUGUCGGUGGAUCAUCAUGCUGCAUACAUAAGCCAUAGCUUGAGACACAUACCACAGCUUCCACAAGCACACUGUGGAGUAUUCAAAAUAGAUGUUUCGUAACCAAGGGGCAGUCUCAAGCAUUUUUGGUUUUGCUUUCUUUUUCCUUUUUCUCAUGUUCACUCCUUGCCUGAACGAGCCAUCUUCCACUUUCAAAACAAAUGGCAACAUCAUCAACAGGAUUUGCUGUUUUGCUGAUUGUUUGCCAAUAAAGGAAGUCUCUCAAUUGCUCUUUCAACUCUGAACUAAAAUGCUCACCCUGUAAGCAACGAAGAGGUGGAAGCUGGUGCUGUCCACAGUCAUGGCCUAAAUAAAUGAAUUUAUAAUUUGUUUGUUGAUGUGUAUAUAAUGUAACUGGUGAUUAUUGUUUAAGGUCCAUACUGAUAUACUUGGUGCACUGAAGAAAGAGCUUCUUAGGCAAAUCUCACAAAGAAAUGUCUAAGUCAUAUUUUACAUCAAAAUGAAAAGAAAAAUGUAAGAAAUUAUAUUUUCCAUAAACAUUUUUUGCAUUAUUAUCAUGACAGUUAAGCACAUUUUCUCCCCAUAUUCUCAUUACCGUAAUGCGAAAAAUCCAAUUAUGAUGAUCAUGGAAAAAAAUAUUCUCAUUACCAUAAAAUGACAAAUUAUUCUCAUUACAGUAAUGUGAAAAAAAUCGUACUUUCAUUGUUGUAAUGCAAAAAAAUCUAAUUGUCAUUAUAUUAAUGCAAAAAAAUAGUUUAGUUCUCAUUACAAUAAUGUGAAAAAAAGUUUUAUUAUCAUUUAGGGCUGGGCGAUAGGGCGAUGUAAUCGGAUAUCAACGAUAUCUUACAGAUCCUGAUGCCGAUUGCCACACUCAGUUAGCACACGAUGAUCGACAAUAUCGGGAAGUGGCAAGACCAUGGAUCUGGGAAAUCAGCAGAUAUAUUAAACAAUAGCCUAGGGUGUGAAACUAACACCCGCGAAAUGUGUCGAGGUUGAAUCCCGUUCACAAGCUCCUCGUCCAAAUAUAUUUCAUGCGUGGGUAAUUUUGCUCAUCUACCUGCAACGUCUCGGAGUGACACAUGACAAGAAAUGCCGUUAGUCACAAAGACACGCGCUUGAAGAAACACACUUUAUUAUAUUUUUAGAACAGACAAAACAAAAGCCGUCAAUGCUCGUGUCUGAUUCGCUGUUUGUUCAGAGCGAGCCUGUCUUGUGGAACAAGCACAUGUAAAGAGUUUUCACUUUUUUUUUUUUUUUUUUCAGUUUCAUUCGCCUUGAAAACUGUUUUAAAGAAUAAUGUUGUGUAUGAGAAUGCUGCAAAUGAUCUCUGAUCAUCUCAGGAGGUGCUGUGAGUUUAGUUUGCUUUAUUUCCACGGACCAGUUCGUGGUAAACAUGGUUCAGUAAUAAGUAUCUUUCUAUUAAAGAAACAAAGACAAAGUGAUUAAAUCAUAAAAUAAUACAAGACAUGUUUACUUUAGUGUACAUAUUACGUGUAUAGUAUCAGUUACCAUUUUGUAUAAAUACCUUACAGUUUAAAUGAAAUGUGCUUAAUUGAAAUUAAAAUGUAACUAUGUAGAAAAAAAUCUCCAAAAAUAAGUUUUCCUUAUGCAAAAUAUAAUUUCUUUUUUCUCUCUCUUGGUUUUGGGCUGAAAUAUGACGGAAAUGUUUGUGAAAGAUUCACCCUCUAAUGAAAGGACACUGCUUUCAUACUGAAGGUGCACUAAAUGUAGUAGAACUGAAAACUGUAGGGCUUCAGACAUUUUAAAAUGAGUCUGUGCUUCAUUGGCCUGUAAUGGCUACUGUAUGACACAAUUACUGUGUUUGUCCACCUUUCAGUUUCUGUCGUUACUUUCUGCCCUGUGUUUGUUAUUAUUUUGUGUUGCUUGGAAGUUACUGCCACAUUCGGUCUACUGUUUUUUGUUUUUAUCAUUAUCACUGCAAGAUAUGGGCAGUUUCUUGCUGUGGGGAGUGACCAACCAAACAUAUUAUUCUAUAUCAUGACCAAACAUAUAGCUGCAACACAGCAUCACCAAAAUGUGUAUUAUUUCUACAAACUAUAUGAACUAAAUGUACAUUAUAUAGAGAUGAACUGCCACUGGAGUUUUUAUAAGUACUGUUUCAAGUUAAACACUUUCUUGAAGAAAGACUGGUUUUAUUUAAAAGGAAUGUGUUUCCUGGUCUUAUGAAUGAGAGGCCUUAUGUUGAGAGUUGUGCAAUAACAGGUCUGUUAUGGGGAUUGUGAAAAUGACUCGCUGUAUGAGUGUUUCACUACAGGUAGUUUUCAAAUAGUCUAAAUUAAAGUAUAUAAAUAUUUGGGUUCGUUUAAAUUAAAAGAAAUGUGAACUGGAUUGUUAGUAAGAUGGGGAUUUUUGAAAUCAAAUAAACUGAUUAUUUCAAGAGUAACAUCUUUGUCCUUAGUUAGUAGCUUCUUUUAAUUAUAACAAUAACAUGAAAUCAAAAUUAAAACUGUUAACAUGUUCCCAGUCUUAUUGUGGACAAUUCAUCAAUGCACAUUAUUACAAAAGAAACCCAGAAGUAAUUUCAUGAUAUAAUGUUUACCAAAAACUGUAGUUUUAGCAAACUCAGAUCUGGCUUGAAUUUGGUAUGGAACACCCACUUUUCCCAGUUCCCUCUUUUUUUUUUUUUUUUACAGCUGUAGUAUUUAUAGUGUGGGCCCAGUGAGUUUUACAUCACGCUCCAAGGUCAUGUUGUCUUACGUUUAGAUGACUUCAUGCAAAGAUUUAGCAAAAUACACAAUGGAAUUACCUUCAUGUAGUCUUUAUUGCCUACAAUUCAGUUUCUCUAACAGACUUGGCAUGCAAAUAUUUAUGGGUGAAUCUCACGAAACCUGUCAAGAAAAUGUCGUGGAUCAUAUUUCAUCCCAAAUAAAAAAUAAAAUAAAAUAAAAAAAAUAAUAUAUAUAUAUAUAUAUUAUAAUUGCAUAUUGCAUAUGCAUAUUGAGUUAAUAUUUAUUAUAUGCAUAUAUUUAUUAUGCAUAAAGGAAAUUAAGCCUAUUUUUAGGACCUUAAAAAUGUUUUGCAUUGUUACAUUAUUUUAUGAUAAUUAAGCACAUCCCAUCAUUUAUCAUUACAAUAAUGCAACAAAACAAAAAAAUUGCAUUCCUAUUAUUGUUAUGGACAAAAAAAAAAAAAAUAGUAUUUUUGUGAUAAACCAAAUAUAUACUGAUUUAAAAAAAAAAAAAAAAAAAAAUCCAGACAGGAUGUCUAACAGUAAUGAGAAUUACACACAAACAGUAAUACAUCUGGGUGCAAUACAGUACUAAGAAUUUGGAGAGUAAAUGUGCUUAAAUGUCAUGCAAUAAUAAGUGUUUUUUUUUUUUUUUUUUUUUUGGGGGGGUGG